CCUGCCCCCAUUGCCAUAGGAACGCCUCCACCGCCCCUCCCGGAAGUAGCGCCUGUCCCGCACUGGCGCAUGCGUAGCGCGGGGAGGCCGGGCCCGGCUCCGUACCUGGCCAGGUUGAGCGCGGCCCAGGGGCCGGGAGGCGGCGCCAUGAUGCGGUUCAUGCUGCUAUUCAGCCGGCAGGGGAAACUGCGGCUGCAGAAGUGGUAUCUGGCCACCUCAGAUAAGGAGAAGAAGAAGAUGGUGCGGGAGCUCAUGCAGGUGGUGCUGGCCCGCAAGCCCAAGAUGUGCAGCUUCCUUGAGUGGCGGGACCUCAAGGUGGUCUACAAAAGGUAUGCCAGCCUGUACUUCUGCUGUGCCAUUGAGGGCCAGGACAACGAGCUAAUCACGCUGGAGCUGAUCCACCGCUACGUGGAGCUGCUGGACAAGUACUUCGGCAGCGUGUGCGAGCUAGACAUCAUCUUCAACUUCGAGAAGGCCUACUUCAUUCUGGACGAGUUCCUCAUGGGCGGGGAGAUCCAGGACACUUCCAAGAAGAGCGUGCUGAAAGCUAUCGAGCAGGCCGACCUCCUGCAGGAGGAGGAUGAGUCACCUCGCAGCGUGCUGGAGGAGAUGGGGCUGGCAUAGCCAGCGGUUCACUGCGCCCCCUCCAUCCUGUCCCCAGAGAGACUCUCGGAUGCCGCAGGGGCUGCAUCGCCACCUCCCUCGCCCCAGCAGCCAGAUGUUGGACCAAUUUGUCCUGGAGCUGCUAGGGAGUGAGCUCCAAGAACUAUGUGUGUGUGUGUGUGUGUGUGUGUGUGUGUGUAUAUAUAUAUAUACAUACACAUACACACACACCACGAAGGGCGCUGGGGAGCCCUCUCCCUGGCCCAUUUUCUCUGCUCCUGGCCUUCUCCUGCCCUGCCCAUGUUGCUAGGACUCCUCGCCGGAGCAGGGAGCAUGGGCGGCGGGAUGGAGUUGUGUGUUGUCAAGGGGGUCCCUGCACCAGGAUCCUGCCCUUGGCGCCGCAGCAGUGUACCCCCCAUGGAGGGGUGGAUACCAGGGAUUCCAUUUCCCUCAAAUCUCUAACUCCAACAGCGUCUCUGUGAAUAGGUGUGGGCCCCGGGUGUUCAGGGUGUGGGGGAGCACGCGUGCCCCCCUGGGAACUGGGGUCCUCUCUUUGGAAUAAAGUGCAUGUGAAGAA